CGCAGCGUCGCAGGGGGCAAGGCAGGGGCGGGGUAGGGUUUGGGGGGGCAGAGACUGUCCUCUUUGUUUGCUCUGAUCGACUGCGGCUGAGGUGACUUCGGCCCCCAGGCUUCCGCUGGGCUCGGCACUAGAGCGGGGUGUACUUCCUUAUGCAGCUGCACCCUUCCAGUCAACAUCUGAUCGGAAUCGCCAUUGCCAGUUAGAUAGCGCCCAGCCCCAGGUUGAGUUAUGGCCGCCCCUCUGUCGCUCCAGGCCCCAGCGCCCCCAGAACAAGUUGGGUUCCUGGACCCGAAGGGGGAGGAAGAUGACUCCAGGCCUCGGGGAUUCCUCCAACGAGGGGACACAGCUGUCCCCGGGACCUCUUGUCAGGGCUUCAAGACAAGGCCCAGAGUUCCACAAGACAGAGCGGAGAAAGGAUCAAAGCAAUUCUCGACCCCCUUGCCUGGGCCAGGGGGAACCCACGAGAGGCCCCAGCGUCCGGAGCCCAAGGAUUUGACCCAAAUUCUUGAGAAGAAAGCUCUGCCGUCUCAGGACUCUAUCUCUGCCACAGAGGGCGGCACGGAGGGGAUGGCUGCGGAGCCGCUGACAGCCAGCUCUCAGGGGCCAAUAACAUUCAAGGAUGUGGCUGUGGACUUCACCCAGGAUGAAUGGGGGCUGCUGGAGCCUGCCCAGAAGGGCCUCUACAGGGACGUGAUGCUGGAGAAUUACAGGAACCUGGUCUCCCUGGGGCUGCUGCAGGCCCAGCCGGAUGUGAUUUCUCACCUGGAACGAGGAGAUGAGCCAUGGAUGCUGGAGAAAGAAGACUGCAGAGGCACCCAUCCAGGCUUGGAAUUUAUGUCUGAAACGAAAAUGUCAUCUCCAGUGUUGGAAAGGCUUAUAAAGGAUGCUCCCUGGGACUCCAAACUAGAAGAAACCUGGAAAUGUCCAGAAAAGUUAAAAGGGCAGCAGAGGAAUCUGGAGAAACAAUUAAGGCAGGUGACAGUCACUCCCAAGAAAACACACAGUCGGGAGAGAAUUUAUAAAUGUACUGAGUGUGGGAAAACCUUCAGCUGGAGCACAUGCCUUACCAAACAUCAGAGAAUUCAUACUGGUGAGAAACCUUUUGAGUGUAAUGAAUGUGGGAAAGCUUUUAGCCAGAAAUCAUCCUUGUGUUACCAUCAAAGAACUCAUACUGGAGAGAAGCCCUAUUUGUGCAGUGAAUGUGGGAAAGCCUUUAGGUACUAUUCAGUCCUUACACAACAUCAGCAAAUUCAUACUGGAGAGAAGCCUUAUGAAUGUGGUGUCUGUGGGAAAGCCUUCAGCCAGAAUUCCUUCCUCACGCAGCAUCAGAGGAUUCACACUGGAGAGAAACCCUAUAAAUGUAGUAACUGUGGGAAAGCCUUCAGCCAACGGGCAUCCCUGUAUUACCAUCAGAGAGUUCACACUGGGGAGAGACCUUAUGUAUGUGGUGAGUGCGGAAAGACCUUCAGCUACUGCUCAGUCCUUAAUCAACAUCAACAAAUUCAUACUGGAGAGAAGCCUUAUGAGUGCAGUGUCUGUGGGAAGGCCUUUAGCCAGAAUUCCUUCCUCACACAGCACCAGAGGAUUCACACUGGAGAGAAACCCUACGAAUGCACCGAGUGUGGGAAAACCUUCAGGUACUGCUCAGCCUUUAUUCAACAUCAGAAAACUCAUACAGGAGAGAAACCUUACAAAUGUAAGGUAUGUGGGAAAGCCUUUAGUUACUGUACCUCCCUUUCCCAACAUCAUCAAACUCACAAUGGUAAGAAGCCCUAUCAGUGCAAUGAAUGUGGGAAAGCCUUUAGCUACAGUUCAUCCCUUACCCAUCAUAUAAGAACUCACACUGGAGAGAAACCUUAUCAUUGCAAUGUAUGUGGGAAAUCCUUCAGCUAUAGCUCAUCUCUUACAGAGCAUGUGAAAACCCAUACUGGAGAGAAGUCAUAUGAAUGUAAGGAAUGUGGGAAAUUCUUCAGGUGGCGUUCAUCCCUCAUCAAACAUAAGACUUCACACAAGAGAAUAACUCUUGGAGUAUAAGGCUCAUUGAGAAAAGUUCAGGUCAAACCUAGCUCUUCAUUAACUAACCAACCAUCAAACUAUCACCAGUUGUGAUCUUGUUUGGAAGUUUGAAGGUACCUUUCCUGCCCAGUAUCUCUCUGAUGACUUCCAGUCUCACAUCUCCAGUGGCCUUUCGGCCUCUCAAACUGGAUGUCCAAUAGACAUCUUUAACUCACUGUGUCCAAAAAUAACCUCAUGGAUCUUUCCCCCUAAACUCACUCCCCUCCUCCUUCCCUAUUAUUGUAGAAGUCCAAGCCUCCUUCCAAUCUCCCAGGCUCCCAAUCUAAGAUCAUCCUCAGACUCCUUAUCCUCUCUACCCCCCCCCCCAUAUCCAACCUGUUGCCAAGACCUGCCAAUUCUAUUCUUUAAACAUCUCUUGAAUACACUCCCUUCUCUCCUCUGACACAGCUACUCCACCUUGUACAGACCCUCAUCCCCUAUAUAUUGCUCUCUUAAGUUAAGUGUCAGGACAGAAAAAUUCUGUCAGAUGGUCUUAAGCCAGUUUAGAAUGAGAGAGAAAAAUCUGUUGGAAUUCUCAGGUAGGGGUUUCCAACUGACGUUCUGAAUUCUGAGGAGAUUCUGAGCAGUUUUGGGACCAUGCUUGGCCUAAGAUACAGGCUCUCCUAAACUCUCUGGGAUUUUUAUUUUAAAAAACAUUUGGAAAUACCUAGAUGGGCAGUUUUGGAAAAGAGAAGAGUGACUGUAUAGCUUGCAUUAAAUCCUGACAAGAAAAGAAGACAAUCUUUCUCUUUACCUUUUGGAAAAAAACAGAUUGAAGGCAGGGUUUGGCUAGGCCUCAGUCAGGAUUACCUGACUAGCUGACACUGAAGCAAAAAUAUCUGGAGACUUACUUUAAGGAUUAUAUAUAUUGUUUAUAAGACUAUUAGUGAUAGGUUAUUUAGUUAAGAUUUUGGGUUUUUAGUGAGUCAUAAGGAGGAUUAGAGUACCCUGGUUAUCCAGGAAUGAAGAGACACAUGAGGCAUCAGAAAGUGGGUGGCAUUAGUUGGAAAUCCUCUUAGUGAUAGGGAUCCCUUCCUGUUAUACCUUACUACCUUUUUAAAUCCUAUAAUCUAAAUAAAAGAGUUUAAUUUUUAUACUAGUCUCCAAAGUCAAGCCUUAAUUGCCCAUGGCCCUGAGGUCAAAGCCUAAGCAAACAAGCAGGCAGCUGACCUCUUAUAAUAAACAGCAAAUAGUAGGGACUUUUGGAUACAGUUUCCAAAAGUAUCUUAUAGCUUGGUGAGCAACAACAGACGAACUUACUACAUUUUGACUUUUUUAAGAAAAGCAAUUUAGUUCAGUGUCGGCCAUUAUCACAGAAUUCAGUGACCACUUUUUCCUGGGUAAUUACAGUGGUCCUCUCACUAGGGGGCGCUGUUUUGCAACACAGAAACCCAGCAAAGCAAGCCCAAGAAGCUACUUUUGCUGCAAAGUCGUUUUUGAAAGGCAGUUUGAACAAGCCUCUAAAACACCAUGUGGCUUUUUGAUAUAACAUUUUUAUCCAUGUUAUUUCUGUAUACUAUUCCCCAGUAUAUCAAAGGGGUUACCUUACCACAGUGCUUAAAGACUUUUAAUGGUAACAUUCUAUGAUGUAAUAGCAUACUUGCCAGCAAUGCUAUGCGGUGCCCUGCUCCUGUGGAUAGUGAAGGAAGAUAGGGGUUUUCCUUUUUAACAACUGGAAACAUAUGAUCCUAAAACAAAUUAUUGUCAAUGAGCUUAAGCUUAAAGUGAAUUACCUAGAGGUAAAAUUGAACAGACAUUGAAAAUGAGAAAGAGGCAAUGGAUAGACUAUGUGAGGCAACCAAAUUGAAAAAAGAGACCGAGGCACAAGAAACUACCCCAGCACAAAUGAUUCCACUCAGGGAGGUUCCAGUGAUAACCCCAGAGAAUGGUAUUCUGCAUAUUAGAUGUCACAAGGGAUUUUCCCACACUGAUUUGGAUUCAUUUAAAACAUCAACUCCAAGCUUUGACAAUGAACCAAUGGCUAUGGUUAAACAUUUUUAAAAGAUUGUUAAGCUAUAUGAUCUAAGCUAUCUUGAUUUUGACAUUUUAAUGGAUGAAUUAUUAUCCAAAAGGGAGAAACAAAAUUAUCAAUGAUACAAACAGGAACUCUAGACUAGCUGAUUGGCCCUCUGAAAAUCCAAAUUGGGAAGCCAAUUAUUUUGCAGUAUACAGGGACUUGAUUAGAGCCAGAGAGGCCAUUAUCCAGACAAUGAAGAACAAUUCAAAAAGACCAGGGACAUGGUCCAAGUUUGAAAGGAUAAGACAGGAAGUGGGAGAGACCCCAUCUACUUUCCUGGACAAAGUAAUAGAUUCAGUGGAAAAAUGGAUAGGCAUAGACAUAUGCAGAGAUAGAGAUGUAAAUCAUAUCAGGAGGCAGUUUGUUAAAAAUGUAUGCCCUGUAGUCUGAAAUUUUUCCAGAAGUAACUCUCCAAAUUGGGAUCAUAUGGAGCUGGAUGAAAUUAGAUGCAUAGCAUCUUACAUUUACCAGGAUAAGACAGAUAGUCCAAUAAAAAGAAUGCUAUAAUAGACAAUAUAACAAAAGAAAUUAAAGACCUGAAGCUUAAGUUGGAAAGUAAUGAUGUGCAAGACAAACCGGUAGCAGCACUUAAAGAAUACAGACCACCUAGAACAACUUAUAACAACUCCAGAGGAUACAGACAAGCCCCUCACUGCUAUUUAUGAUAGGCCAGGUCACAUGUUGAGAGACUGUCAUUUCAGGGGACAGGUUUUUAGGCAGAAUUUCAGGCGCCAUGGUGGGAACUUCAGGGGAAACCAAGGCACAAAUAUAAUAUAUUUAAUGGAUUUGAUAAUGGAUAUCAGUAUGGAAGGCCAAAUUACCCCAACCAUUAUGACAAUAGAUAUUUCAAUGAGUUAGCACAAGCCCCAGACUUAGGAGCAAUGCAAGAUUAUAUAAAAGCGGGUAUACAUCCUAAAUACUCACAGGUAGCUGGUGGGAACCCCCAAAAGAUGGAGGUGCAGAAGGGACAACAUGGGGAAGCUGUGUUAUGAAGGUGUGCAGAGGGGACUGCAACUGAAAGUAUAGUGAAUGAAUAUAAAGGAGAAGUGAAUAUAGAUAAUGAAACAGAACUUAGUGAAUUGGCAAAAUGAUAUAAGAGAAGUGACUGAAGGAAUAGGGUGUGGAGGACAGGAACAAGAACUUAGUUUUCCUGAUCCUGCUGUAUUAGCACCAAUUAUUCCAGUGCAUUCCCUUGAGAAUAGCACAGAACCCCAUGUUACCCUGAAUGUGGGAAGCCAUUUGUAUGACUGCCUGCUUGACAUAGGUGCUGCAAAAUCUGUGUUGCAAAAAUCCCCUGAUGAGUGUAAAGCAGUGGGAACAAUGGAAGUUGUAGAUGUGACAGGGAAACCCCAAGUCGUAAAGAAAUUGCCAUCAAUAAUGGUGUCAUUGGAAUCUGGCCUCAGACACUUCCUAGCUGUGUGACCCUUACCUAGCCCUUACCACUCUUCUGCCUUGGAGCCAAUACACAGUAUUGACUCCAGGACGGAAGGUAAGGAUUUAAAAAAUAAAAUAAAAUAAUGGUGUCAUUGGGACCUCUUAGAGUAGAACAUUCAUUUUUGCUUAUGCCAAAUUCCACAAUGAAUUUAGUGGGUCAAGAUCUUUUGUGUAACUCAGGGCAACUAUUGUGUGUACCCCUACAGGAGAUAUUUCACUAGAACUACCUGAAGAAUCCAUAAAUCUUUUUCCAGUGUUUCUAGAUGCAAUAGAUUCAGAUGGUGAAGGAAAUCACAUCUAUGAAAUUCCAAUAGAUAUCCCUGAAGGUUUAUGGGCCCAUAGUUCCACAGAUAUUGUGUUAUUAAAAUCAGUGGUCCCUGUAAAGAUUGAAACUAAAGGAGGUCCAGCACCAACUAUUCCACAAUACCCACUGAGUAAAGAAGCAAUUGAAGGGAUAACCCCUAUAAUACAGUUCCUAUUACAACAAGGCAUAAUAGUACCCUGUAUCUUUCAGUAUAAUACACCCAUAUUACCUGUGAAGAAACCCAAACUAGAUGCAAAUGGAAAAGUUGUCUAUAGAUUUGUCCAAGAUUUGAGCUGUAAAUGAUCAUGUUAUUAAAAAAAAUCCUGUUGUACCAAA